AUGCAGAUGAAGUCGAGCAACGAGAGCAUGAGGGAAAGGAUGUACUUCCCUUUUUAUAAAGGGGGGAGAGAGAGAGGGAGAAUUAAAAUCGGAAGAGUAAAAUUAACUGUAACAAAUCCGGGCGCGGAGGGCGAAUCGGCAUUCCACAAACACCCGCAGAAAAGUCAUAACAGAUCCAGCAGGUAUCGCAAGAGCCACGUACUCGAGGAAAAGCUCGUGUAUCCCAUCGUCCACGACCUUCACGAACGAGGCCGAAUCCUCUCCGUAUAUCUUCGAGAAGCUGAACUCGACCAGCUUCAUCUUGAAACGCGGGUCCAUCACGACUGCUAUUGCCAGUGUAAAGCACGCGCUCUUCCAGUACUUGUCGAAAUUCUCCUGCAUCAGCUUCGUGAGUCGGCUGACGAACGGGUCCUCGCUGGCGGCCGCGCGUGCCAGCUCGAGCUGAAUCUUCCACGCCUCGUGAAAAAACGUGAGAAGAUUAGCAGUCUCGAACAAAGGUUUCAAGAAAUUGCAAAGAGUCUCGACUUUCUUCCAGUCCUCGCUAGUGGGAGCAUCUUUGUAGUCGGGAUCGGACGCACCCAAGCAGGAGAACACAUCCUUCAGCUCACACGCAGCCACGAGCAUUUCAUAAGUCGUGUUCCAACGAGUCUGGUCAUCGAUCGACAAAGCUUUAGAGCUGCCCACCUGAAGCUGCUGCUUCAGCUCCACGAACCUCUCCUCCCACGUCUUCACGUACUUCACGCUGUCCCUCACUUUCUUCACAAUCCCACGCUCGGAAUCAAAAACCGCGUGGACAAUCGCGCUCAAGGAGCGAGCCAAACAGUUGCCGACCAAAAGCUGCCCGUCGAGCACGAGCGGAUUCUUAACAGAAAGCAGAGCCCUUAUAUUGUCGAUAGCAGCAUCACUCAAAGACUGGCACGCGGCCACCGAGUGGCUGAAGGCGGUGUCGGAAUCCGGGUAAGGCUCCAUGAUCACGUUCAGAAGCUUCCGGUGAAUCUUCCAGUCAGUAUCGAUGAACUGACCAGUUAUGAAGACGUAGCCUGUGGUAUUGGCCGAGGACCAGAGGUCGAGAGUGAGGCAGACUCUGCCAGGCAUGCCCUCGAUCACUUUGAGAAUGCUCUGCUUCUCCUUGAGAUAAGUCGCGACACAGUCUCCUUGUACAGUGUUGAAGCUAACUAUGUCGAAACGAGGCUGGAGGUUCUGAGCAAAGGCGACGAAUCCCGGGUGCUCGACAAUGUGGAGCGGGUAAUCGUGCAUUAUAAUCAUUUUCGCAAUCUCGUGCCGGCAACGGUCAGCGUCGAAGGGGAUGUACGGGACGCCAGCUGUCCGAUAGCGUCUUUGCUUGGGCGGGUCGGAAGAGAAGACGGUGGGGCCCAUUUUGGAAGGGGCGCUGUAUGGUGUGUGUUGUGUGUCCUUGUUGUCGUGAUUGCGGAGGACAGUGGGGCAAGAGCCCUUGGCUAUGUGGCGCUUGAGGUGGCUAGUGCCAGCUACUUUGUUGCCAGUGCUGUACGCGAACGACUGCUUGCACUGCUUGCAGCAGGCUCUUCGGCUGCCGGAACCGACUGUUUCGAUGGUGAAGUGUUCCCAGACGACGGAUUUCUUUUUGCGGCGUUUGGUGGGGGGCUGCUGCUCGACGUUGUUUUGGGGAACGAUUUCGAUGAGGUGGUUGUGCUGAAUUGGAUGGUCCAAGAUUUGGGUCUCGAGUUGCAUUUCCGAGUCUAA